AUGGAAACGUUAAAGCGACCCCAGCACGUGGGGAAAGCAGUCCCUGGUGCCGUGGGGACACAAGGGAUGGCCCUUCCGCCUGGGCGUGCCUGGGCGCGGACUGCUGCAGUGGCGGGAGCACUCUCUUCCCUUGCCGCCUGUGCCUGGCUCAAGAGGUUGGAAGCGGUGGAGCGACCCCAACACGUGGGGGGGGCAGUCGCUGGUACCGUGGGGGCACAAGGGGUGGCCCUUCCGCCUGGGCGUGCCGGGGCACGGUGUAGGAAGCUGAUGAUACUCUUACUUCUCUCUGCUUGUUUCGCAGGUUGGAAGCGUUGGAGCGACCCCAGCACGUGGGGGCGGCAGUCGCUGGUCCCGUGGGGGCACAAGGGGUGGCCGUUCCGCCUGGGCGUGCCUGGGCGCGGGCUGCUGCAGUGGCGGGACGUGACUAUACCGUGUGGCGCGGCCAUCCUGCUGGAUGUGCCUGAAGUGAGGGUUGGGAAGCUCAAGAUCAAGGGGUGGCUCAAGGUUCUUGACUCACCCAAGCUUCCUAACAUCCGCAUCAGGGCCCGUUUCAUCCUCGUUAUGGGGCGCUUCACUGCAGGCUCCGCGUCCCGCCAGCUGUCCUCGCAUCUGACGGUCACCCUGCACCCCAACACGGGAUUCUCGGGCGGCAGGAAGCCGUACAAGCUCCGAAAAGUGCUGCCCGCUGACGCGAGAAACCCCCGAGACCUGGGUCACAAGGCGUUUGCUGUGGUGGGAGGGCAGGCGGACCUGCAUGGCAUGCCGGGGGGAGCUGAAACUCCUUCCUGGGUGCGACUGGCAGCAACAGCAGCAGCGGGGCAGAGGCAACUGGUGGUUGAGGGGGACGUGAGGGGGUGGCGCCCGGGCCUCUCUGUUGCUGUUGCCUCCACCAGCACGAAUUUUAACGAGGCAGAGAGCCGGGAGAUCGAAUCAGGUGGGUUAAUGUGUGGCAUGCAGCAGCAGCACCAGGGCUCAUUUGUGCCCGAUGGCUUUGGUGGCAGUGGCACCUUCAGUAGUUCUCCCACCCUCCCUUCCUGCUCCCCCUCUGCCUUCCCCCCUUCCCAACCCAACACCGCUUCUCGCAUCACCCUCACCUCGCCCCUCGCCCACACGCACGAGGGCUCAUCUGUGUCCCAUCCUUCUCCCAUCCCCUGUCAUUCCCCCCCUACCUCCCCUCCCAACAUGGCUCUGGUCUCCCCACCUACCUCCCCGAUCACCUCCCGCAUCACCCUCACCUUGCCCUUUGAGACGCCCAAGAAAAACUCUCCCCUCUCCAUUACCCCCAACACAACAGUUGCUCUGGUGUCCCCACCCACCUCCCCGAUCACCUCCCCGAUCACCUCCCCGAUCACCUCCUGCACCCCUCGCCCACACACACGAGGGCACAUCUUCACUCUGGUCUCCCCGGCCACGUCCCCACCCACGUCUCGCAUCACCCUCACCGCACCCCUCGCCCACACGCACGAGGGCACAUCGGUGCCGGACGGUUUCGGUGGCACGGUGGACAUCCGUGCUGAGGUGGCGCUGCUUGAUAGGCAGAUCGUGAUUCAGGGCACUGACGAGGCAGCUCCACACCAGUACGACGGAGGGCACUUCAUGGUGUACAUGACUCCCACCCCUCAAGCCAUCGAAGGCGUUCAGUUCAGAGGACUUGGCAACCAAGGCACGCUCGGCCGCUACCCCCUCCACUUCCACGUGUGCGGGCUCCCCACGGACGCAUCUCAGCCGCACAUCGUGCGCAAGAACGCGAUCGUGCACUCGAAGCAGCGGUGCAUGGUGAUCCACGCGACCAGCAACAUGAGCAUAGAAGACAACGUCACCUACGAGACCAAGGGACACUGCUACCUGGUGGAGGAGGGGUCGGAGAUGGGCAACGUGUUUCGGAGGAACCUGGGGAUGAGUGUGAGGGGCGUGGAGAAGGUGAUUCCCCCGGAUACAAGUGACCGGUACGGGUUCCACACGGACAAGCAGCCAAGCGUGUUCUGGAUGGCGACUCCUUACAAUUCUUUCUAUGGGAAUGUGGCUGCUGGUUCCGAGAACAGCGGCUUCUGGCUGGAGGCCAACCCGACCAUGAGGGGCAUCUCACGCCUGCUGCCUGCCAUCGGCAACAAACGGCCCGACAGGUUCAACUGGGGCGAAUAUGUGGGCAACGUGGCGCAUUCGUCCCUCUUUGGCUUCCGCACGUACCCCCACGGCUCACAGUCACGCUUCCCUGACUACACUGGGGUGGUCACAUACCUCAAGGAUUCACUCUUCUACCGGAACAAAGCAGGCAUUCUCUUUGUGAACACGGAUCGCAUAGUGGUGGAGAACGGUGCAUUUGUGGAGAACGCAUAUGGGAUGGACAUCAGUCGAAACGGCUAUGGCUGCCAUUCGCAGCAGCAGCAGCAGCAGCAGCAGCAGCAGCAGCAGCAGCGGCAGCAGCAGAAGCAGCAGCAGCACCAAGAGCAUGAGCCUCGCCAGCAGCAGUAUCACCAACAAGAGCAACCAGCCUUCAGCCACAGCCAGAGCAACCCCGCUGACAUCCUGCGACCCUCUUCUGUGGAAGAUUCCCUCUUCUCAGGCUAUGGAACAUGCACCACUGGUAGCUUCGGCAUUGCCCUUGUGACCAACAAGCCGGGGGGCUUCUGGAACACUGCCUUCUUUGUGCAGAACAAUUCAUUUGCAUCGGGCAGCAAGAGAUUCUGGGCCACGCCAAACCCGCCUGCCACCACUCCCCCCAGGGGGGGUCUCAUCGCGCGUUUCUACGCCCUCAGGGAUCUCGACGGUUCUCUCCUCGGCACGCCGGGCGCCUUUGCAGUCGCCCCCUUCUCGCCCAUCCUGCCACCCGCCGCUGUGCGCCCCAGCCUGUGCCAGUACCGGGCUGAGAGUGCCGUGUGGCAGUGCCAGUCGGUGUGCUACAGGGCAGUGGGCGUGUUUUACUAUGAGCCAGGAGUGAGACCCAAUGGGAUGACCGGGCUUCCUUCGAAGGUGCUCCGACCUUAUAGCUACAUCAACAUCACAAGGGAAGAAGACGGGGAGACCUUCACAGCAUACGGCACGGACAACGACAAUCCUGACAGCCCCCCUGCAGACCCCAAGCGCACUGCCUACCGUUACGUUACCGCGUCGCUGCUCGCUGGGUACACCUACCGGUUCACGAUUAUCCCUGCCCCCACCAACAGCCUCUUUUACCCCACAUGGGCUCAGCUGUGGUCGUACGACAAGGGUGGCUGUGAGGGGGCCCUGAAGAUCAAGAUGGUUGCUAAGGAUCAAACCACUCAGUGGUUCGCCACCGAUGCUCCCAACCUCCCAUGCUCAGGAGCCCUCAAGUACAAGACUUACAAGGAGUAUCUCUGCCCCUCCUCUUCCUCCUCCUCCUCCCCACCUCUCCUGCAACUCACGGUCGGCCCCACCAGCUACGGCCCACUCGCCACCAUGCAGCUCAACGCCUCCUCGCCCUCCUCUUGCUCUGCGUGA